CGAAACAGAGGAUAGUUUUGGGAACAGAAAACUGUUAAUGAGAUCAAAUGUUUCAUCGAUGAGAAAAUGUGCAGAAUAUCGGCCAAAUCCACCUAGUUCCUGCUUCUCCAACUGCCGGACACUUGGCUUCCCCACUACGAGUGGAAACGCCAAGUGGACGCUUCACAUUUAUAUAUCCGGUGAAAUGUCUGUCUCGUUGUUCUCUCUGACCAUGCCCCGAGCAAUGCAAAUUGGAGCACGGGAGAAACGGGUCUUGUCCUCACAAGAAUGUACUUAAGAGAACGUGGUCAGAGAAUGCACUCAGAGCAUGAGAGUGUAGAGCACUGUAGUUCCAAGCCUGGGCUCAGGUACAGUGUGUCUGACUGGGACACCAGUAACAAGCAGAUAUCUGACACAGCAGAACACAGGAGACACAUGUCACACAUGACAAGGCAGGAAGGGAGGGCCUUACGCAAUGAGACAACCAGCAAGACUAACUGGGAUAAGAGUGACAGCUCUCGCAGACUGAGUGAUAGGAUCUGGGAUAUCUCCCGCUGGAGAGAGACUUUGGAAUCAUGCAUACAGGAAGUGGAGAAAGAGAUGGAUGCCUUAACCCUGGGGAAGGAGGAGACUGAGCGGGCUCUGACAGCCACCGCUGUGCCUCUAGAGGUCACAGUGGAGUGCCUGACCCUGAGGGAGGGUCGCCGCGGCAACGAGCUGGUCAGCGACCCAGUGGAGGCCCAGCUGAAGAAGGAAGUGGAGAUGAUCGACGGAGCACAGCGGGUGCUCCAGCAGCGCAUCGACAAGGCGUUCGAGCAGCUGUGUCUUCUUCAGGUGUCCCGGCAGCAGCUGACCCAUGACCUUCAGAACAAGAUUGAGGCCCAGGACAUUGACCUCUCCUGCUUGUCUAUCACUGUGACAUCACCUAAGACCUCCCUGAAGCCCAACCCCCUGCGCAUACCCAUAGGUUCCACCACCCCCCAGCAGUGGGAGCAGUUCAGCCAGUACAACGUGGCCCGAGCUCAGGAGGAGAUGCAGGCAUCACUGCAGCUGAGGGAGGACAUGAGUGUCACCAGGGCACAGUUGCAGAAUGAGCUGGAUGCUCAGCGAAUCGCCACAGUGUUUGCCAUCCGUAAACGCACUCACCACCUGGAGCAGGCUCACGAUGAGACGCAGUGGCAGAUGAAGAGCUCCCAGGAUGAGAUCUCAGAUAUGGAGAGGGACAUCCGUAGUCUAGAGAAUGAUCUCCAGGCUAAGAUGGCCCCACUAAAGCUGGUCCACACCCGGCUGGAGAACAGGACCAAGAGGCCUGGAGUCGAUCUCUGUAGGGAUGAGGUUCAGUAUGGGCUUGUGGAUGAAGCCAAUCAGCUGGAGGCCACCAUUCUGGCUCUGAAACAGAAACUGGCCCAGGCUCAGUAUGCCCUCCAGGCUCUCCAGCUGCACCAGGCCCAAAUGGGGGAGGAUCUGUCCCGUAAGAAGGACGCCCUCUCUCUAGAGCAGCGCAGCCUUGAGACACGCAGCCGCCUCGCCUCCGCUGCUUUCACUGACGUGUCCUCUGGCGCCGUGGUCCCCCUCACCAUCUCCAGCGGGAGACACAACCUGGAGCUGGCCUAGGCUCACCAAUUCAUCUCACACACAACCUUAGGGUUCUCUGACCGUAACCUUAUUUCCCUCAAUUUAUUAACCAUACCAUAAAUAUGCACAUUCGCAUCUCAAUUGUGUUUUUGUGUCUAUGUUUAUCUUUUUUUCCUGUGCGUUUUACAGCGGUCAAAGCCUUACACCUAUCUUCUGUAAGUUCCGUUAUGUGUUAUCAAUUGAACAUAGUGUAUCAAAAAAGAUUGGCAUCAUAUUAAAACUGCAAUAUGUAACUUUUUGGGCGACCUGACCAGUUUUACAUAGAAAUAUGAAUUAUAGCUAUGUAAUUUUCUUUGAAAGCAAGUCUAAGAAGCAGUAGGUCUGUUCUAUGUGCCUUAUUUCGAUGCCUCCCGUUCUAAAGUUAUGUUUUUGUGUCUUUCGGUUUUGUUUCAAAACAGCUGAAAAUACAAUAUUAUUGGUUAUUGAAAAUAUAUUAAAGUGGUUUAGGUGGUAC